AGGAGUCAGCAGCCUGAGGAUGCUGUCAGGUUGCCGUGGUUUCAGCCUCCUGCUUCUUGUGCCGAUCGUUGUGUGCACGGCUGAAGGGUGUGAGGGUGAGGCGUAAGGAUUUAUGACAGGACGGAGGGAAGGAGGAAAGGAGGAAAGGAGGGGAGGAGGAGGAGGUUGUGACAGCAGGAGGUGUUGAAGGGUGGAUUAUCGCUGCUGCAGAAAAACAUCAGAGUCAUCGUUUCCUCUGAGUUCCGGCCAUCAGGAAGCUCCAUCACUCCAUCUGGGAGCAGAGGGAGGACUGAGGGAAGGACUGAAGGAAGGAUGGAGGGAGUGUGAGUCCUCGCUGGUCCUCAGAUCUGUGAGUCAUGACCUCUCAGGAAGAGGCUUCUUCCUUCAGAAGAUUCUUUCAGUACGUCGAGGACAGCGGUCUUCGAACAUACGAUGGUCUGGUGAUCCAAAACGCUUCUGACAUCGCCAGGGAGAGCGACCGCAUACGGAACCAAACCAAUUGGAACUAUCUUCAGGAAAAACACCAGAAGAAAAGGAGGCAGGAAGAGGCAAUAAAGAGGAUUGGGGAAGAUGUCACCAUGGCUGCAGAUGGGGCAUACUCUGGGAAACAUUUCAGAAUGGGCUUCAUGACAAUGCCGGCACCACAGGAUCGACUGCCUACAACUACGCAAGGCUUCACUGUUCGAUCCCAGUCUCUUCACUCAGUGGGCGGGGGAGAGGAAGAUUCCAACCACAGUCGCAAACAACCCCCACCUAAACCCAGGCGAGACCCUACGACCAAACUGAGCAGCAGCUCUGAGGCGGUAGAUGGAGUCUCUGGUUUCAUAAAGAGAGAUUAUCAAGAAACAAAGGAUGGUGCAGAACCGUCAGAAGCUCGAUUCUAUCAACACACUGAAGAAUGCAAAAAGAUGCCUCCCCCCAAACCCAAAAGAGAUCCAAACACUCAGCUGAGCUCGUCUUUUGAUGAAUCCUACAUCCGUAACCAUUGCAGCAAGAAGUCUUCCCUACAAGGUGACAAAUCCUCAUCUCAGAGUCAGAGUCCCGCAUCCAGAGACACAGACGAUGAGGAGCCAGUUUAUAUUGAAAUGGUUGGAAACAUCCUGCGGGAGCUGAAAAGUCAGGAAGCUCUUGACGAUGAGCAGAGUGAGUCUGUGUAUGAGGAGAUGAAGUACCCGAUGCUGGAAGACUUUCUGCAGGAUGUGCAGUCCACCAUCCUGGACAGUGAAGCGUGGGCCUCCCGGGGCUCAUUCUGUGACAUUCCCCCACCCUUCCCCAACCUCCUAACUCACCGUCCACCUCUGCUUGUCUUUCCACCUGCCCCGGCUCAAUGCUCCCCUAACUCUGACGAGUCCCCUCUCACGCCCCUUGACGUAACUCGUCUACCUAUGUUAGAAAAUGUUAACGUGAGUAAAUCAGGGGGUGCAGAGCAGCCACAGAGCUCCAGUCACCACCGCAAAGACCGGGACAGGGAUAGGGACAAGGAUAGGGACCGGGAAGUGCCCCACACACACACAAUCACAUCCUCUGGUCGGUCAUCAGCCCCUCCUCUUCCCUCCAGCUUUUACAAGUCAUCUAGCUCUGCCCACAGUGGUCAUGGUUACCCCCGCAGCCAAUCAGCGUGUCCCUCUCCGGUCAGCAUGGGACGCUCUUUGACUCCUCUCAGUUUGAAGAGGCCACCACCUUACGAUACUCUGAUAGCUGGAGGAAGCAUGCCCCGCUCCUCUUCGUCAUCAUCAUCAUCCUCGCAGAGGGCAGGAGAGGGCGGGGCUAAACUCAGUAACUCCUCCUCCGCCCAUGGCUCCAUGCAUAACGUCUCCGGGAGGUCCCAGACUCCAACGAGUCCACUGGAUGAACUAAACAACCUGUUUGCAUCAGGCAGACAAGUGAAGAAGAGAGGCUCAGGAGGAAGGAAGAGCCGAGAGGGUGAAGGAGACUCCAAGUCUCUGCCAAGACAUGACAGCAAAGACAGAGAUGGACAAUCAAGUCCUGUGUCCAGCAGGUUGGGGAGGUCAUCCGUGAGCCCCACCAUGAUGCUUUCAGGGGGAGGAGAAUCAAAGACCGUAGGAAAACUGGGCCGAUCUGCAUCAACAUCAGGGGUUCCUUCUCCAGGAACUCCACAACGCCACCUCCACGAGUCCCACCAUCCCGCCCUCAGCCAGAUGCCGUGGCUCUGUGGUGACGCCACUAUGAUGGAGAUGAUCGAGAAAAAGAGAGUUUUGUGUCGAGAGAUCAAAGCUCGCCAACGGCCAGAGAAGAACCUGUGCAAACAGGACAGCAUGCCCAACCUGCCCACCUGGAGGAGGAAGCAGCCGCCGCCAUACUCAGCCCCGCCCAAUGCAGCCGGACACACCACCACCGUGUUCUGGGACACCGCCAUCUGAGACCAAUGAGACACCAAUAGGGAUAUCCCCAACUACAUUUUCCACUGACUCGGAGAAAUCAGGAUGAUCAUGAUCAUGAUCAUGACGAUGAUAAUCAUGAUCAUCAUCAUCAUCAUCAUUAUGAAAGUUAUGAUAACGACUUUUAUGUUGGUCAUAAUGGUGAUAAUGAUAAAGAUGAUAAUGAUGCGAUAAUAGCACUGUUGAUAAAGGUGACAAUGAUGUUGACUGAUGCAGAUGAUGAUGGUGGAUGUGAUGAAGAUGGCGUCAUUACUGAUGAUGAUGAUGAUGAAGAAGCUGUUCUGAGGGAUUAUGCAAAUAAGGUGAUGAUGAUCCUCAUCAUCAUGAAGAUGACAGUUAGGACAAGGACUUUUAUGUUGGUCAUAAUGGUGAUAAUGAUAAAGAUGAUAAUGAUGCGAUAAUAGCACUGUUGAUAAAGGUGACAAUGAUGUUGACUGAUGCAGAUGAUGAUGGUGGAUGUGAUGAAGAUGGUGUCAUUACUGAUGAUGAUGAUGAUGAAGAAGCUGUUCUGAGGGAUUAUGCAAAUAAGGUGAUGAUGACAGUCAUCAUCAUGAAGAUGACAGUUAGGACAAGGACUUUUAUGUUGGUCAUAAUGGUGAUGAAAAUGUUGAUAAUGAUGCGAUAAUAACAAUUAUUAAUGUGCUAGAGUUGAUGAAGGUUACACUGAUUAUAAUGUGGAGGAGGUGAGGAAGAUGGUGAUAUUACUGAUAAUGCCGCUGUCUUUGGGAUUAUGCAAAUGAUGAGGAUGUAAUGAUGAUGAUGAUGAUGAUGUACCAUCGUCAGUUUCGACCAACCUCUGAGAGCUUUAAGGUGAUCCAAACCCGAUUAUUUGUUGACGAGUCAAACUCUCCAGUCGCGUCGUUCCUUCAACACAGUCGUUGGAUUCGGUUCUGUUUGCACCUGAAGAUUCAUCUGUUCAACGCUCCUCUUCCUCCCAUGUGACACAGUUUGAGUUGUUGAUCAGAGCUUUUCAGCUAAACAUCGUUAUUGUUCCACAGGUUAGAAUAAAUGGUGUCUGUUAGUAAAGGAGCAUCGAUCCGCCCCAAACAAACACACCCAGCUUCAUUUUGUCUGUAUUAGUGAAAACCUUCACCACAAAGAUGCAGUAUGAGGAACGGCCCCUGGUUCAGAUCAGGGGGCGGUCCACACGGUUCUCAGUCUUUAGACAGCCUUUCAGACAGGUUUAGCCUCCUUAAUCAAUGGUUCCCACCCGCAUGUAUGAUGACAUCAUCCUACGCUCCAAUCAGAGAGGAGGGCGUGGCUGUUCAGGUGUAGCAAAGUUUUCUGUCGUCUUUCUAGUUCAUAUUUUUUUAUCUGUAAAAGAUUCAGAUGUUUUUUAAAGUCUGACGGUCGUGUAGCAGAAAAUCUGAACCCCUCUAUGUUUGAAAAGAAUAAUAAGCACAUCGCUGUGAUGUGUUUUUAUAUUUCUGAGAGAAAAGAUGGUGACGUCUGUGUGUGGAGUGUAGUUGGAACGUGAACAUGUUUUUAUAUUGGAAUAUUUUAAACUGAGAAUAUUUUUGCCAGGCUGUUUGUUGGUUUGUGCUUGUUUGCAGCUUGUGAAUUUUUCAUUCCAGCCUGACUCUAGUUUGUUGUCAGCUUCCCGUCGCUAUGAGUCCAGCAAGACUCGGGUUUAAAACUCCAGCUUGAUUAAAAUUAAACAUCAGCUUUUAAAAACACCUUGUGUGUAUUUUUAAUUUAGAUAUAGUUCCUGCGUUCAGUUUUAUUCCAGUUUGAGAUUCAUGCUAAACUUCAGCUGGUGCUAAUUUUAAAUCCACACCAGCUCCAUUCUAAGACCAGUUUGAUUCUGGUUUAAGUUUAGACCUAAACCGACGGACAGUCGCUGGUGUGACUCUAACUUGAAUCCAGUCUAACUCUGGUUUAGGGAGUAGGCUCUGUGUUGCUGCUGGUUCUAUGACGCCUCCGCUCAUCUAACAUAAAUAGCUUUGUGGGUUUAAAUUAACCAGAAUAAACUGUUGAUAAACUACUAACUUGACACACAUACCUCCUGUUUGUUACAGUGAAAGCAAAAAGAAAUGUAGCCUUACUUCUGUGUCUUUUUACGCAAUUUCUGAGUAGAAUUUAGCAGGCAACACGUUGGACAAGCCUUUAAAACUAAUGUUUUUUUAGUAAUAAACAAUUUUAUGUUUUUAACGGGGGGCACAUAACUUAUAUUUAUCUUGAUAUUAAUAUUAAUUCAGUUCGAUUCAGUUUAUUUCUAUAGCGCCAAUUCACAACACAUGUUUUCUCAAGGCACUUUACAGU